AUGGAUUUAAGAGUUGGCAGAAAGUUCCGCAUUGGUAGGAAGAUCGGCUCAGGUUCGUUCGGUGAUAUUUACCAUGGUACCAAUUUGAUCAGUGGUGAAGAAGUCGCCAUUAAGUUAGAACCAAUACGUACUAAGCAUCCACAGUUGGAUUAUGAAUCUAGGGUUUAUAAAUACCUAAGUGGUGGCAUUGGUAUUCCGUUUAUUAGGUGGUUCGGACGUGAGGGCGAUUAUAAUGCUAUGGUCAUAGACUUAUUAGGUCCUUCUUUAGAAGACUUGUUUAAUUACUGUCAUAGAAAGUUUUCGUUGAAGACCGUAAUAAUGUUGGCACUGCAAAUGAUAUGUCGUAUUCAAUAUAUACAUGGGCGUUCUUUCAUCCACAGGGAUAUUAAACCUGAUAAUUUUUUGAUGGGUGUCGGGAGACGUGGAUCUACAGUUCAUGUCAUUGAUUUUGGUUUAUCGAAGAAAUUUAGAGACUUUAGAACACAUAAUCAUAUUCCAUACCGCGAAAAUAAGAAUUUAACCGGUACAGCUCGGUAUGCGAGCGUUAAUACUCAUUUAGGUAUUGAACAGAGUAGAAGAGAUGAUUUGGAAAGUUUGGGCUAUGUGUUAAUUUACUUCUGCAAGGGUUCCCUACCAUGGCAGGGGCUAAGAGCCACCACUAAGAGGCAAAAAUAUGAUCGUAUAAUGGAAAAGAAACUAUGCAUUAGUGUGGAGCAAUUGUCUGCGGGUUUACCAAUUGAAUUUGUCGAAUAUAUGCGCUACUGUAGGAACUUGAGGUUUGAUGAGAGACCAGACUACAUGUACGUGGCGCGUCUAUUUAAGGACUUGUCUAUGAAACUUGAAUAUCACAACGAUCAUUUGUUUGAUUGGACAAUGCUACGUUAUACGAAGGCUAUGAUUGACAAACAAACGCAACCCGUUGAGAGUCAACAGCAGACACAACAACAGGGACAGGGACAAGCACAAUCCGCACAAGAGCCUGCUAACGGUGAAGCUGAUGCGGAUUCCAAGAAUGCAUCUUUCAUGAAAGUGAAGAAAUUGGCGAUGAUGAAAUUCCCAAGUCAUUUUCAUUACUGGAAGCCAACCGACACACACCAUCCGAACCCAGAAGAGAUCAAACACCAAACUGUUCAGAAUACACAAAUUGUGUCUACGAUACCAGAUGAAGUAUUAAGUGAAAUUGAUAAGAAUAUGGAAGCAUUAAAGCAAGAAGCUGAACAAGGUAAGGUUAGACCAGGGAACUCGCAAACACAGCAACCAAAUGGUGCCGCCGUGACAUUGCUAGAACGACAACAAGCGCAAGUUCAAGGCCAGCAAGAACAGCAGUUGCAACAACAACUGCAACAACAACAACAACAGCAACAACGGCAACAUCAUCAGCAACCACAACAACAACAACAGCAACCUCCACAAGCACAAGCACAAGCACAAGCACAAGCACAAGCACAACAAUCUCAACAAGCACAACAAGCACAACAACCUCCUCCACCACAACCUCAACAACCUCAACCCCAACAGCAUCUACAGCAUCAAGCCCAACAUCAGCACCAGCACCAACUAUCGCAACCGCCAAAUCAACAAGUACAGUCUCAACUGGCCUUACAAAGCCAGGUACAAUCGCCUCCAGCCCAUCACCCAACAAAACCCGACGGUAAUGUAGGUGGUACGGGAAUAUGGUUAUGA